AUGACACACGUCAUUCCUAUCCCCUCUCAAUGCUCAUCCAAUAGGCCGACUUCCCCCAAGCAUGUGGUGUGUCGUGCCAUUGGAUAUAACUCAUCUUAUCCAUUAAGAUGCUGGGUGCUUCUGUCUGAUUGGUCAGCUCUUGAUCCAAUCCGUUUCUGCAUCUCUCCACUUGCUUCUCAUCCACUCCUGAAGCUUAUACUCUCUCUCAGUAGGUUGGUGUUGCAUCCUGAUUCGUCCAAGUCAAUUUCGUCUCCAUUUAUCACCUCAAUGUCUCCGUCUGAUUGGUUUGGACGAUUCUUGUCUCUCAUGAGCAGCUGGGUGUCUCUCCCUGAUAGCAUUAGGUCUUCUUGGAGCUUAUCCACGCCCUCUCUCCUCUUUAGCAGCUGGUGUCGUUGCCCAAUUGGUUUAGGCUUGCUUCGUCUUCAUUCGGUAGCUGGAUGUUGCUACAUGAUUGGCCUGUACGAUUUUGGCUCCAUUGUAGUAGCUGCAUGUCUUCUCCAUAUUGGUUAUGAUCAUCCUUAUCUUCUCCAAGUAGCUGGUGUCACCACUUGA